AUAAUGAUAAAAAAGCUAACUUUUUAGACUUAUCUAUUGAAAUUACGGGUGACGAAAUCCUAACUAAAAGAUAUUCAAAAUUUCCACGACUUGCAGCAUUCGUCCACUAUAAGUCAAACCAUCGAAUGCAUAUGAAAAAACAAGUUGUCACAAAUGAAUUAUCUAGGAUUUCACUUCUCUGUUCAAAUGAAUCAGACUUCAAAAAAGAAAAAAUUGAAUUAUUCAAUUUUUUGAAAGAAUAUAAAGGAUAUCCAAACUAUAUUCUAAAAGAAGCUGAUACAAUUAAGUGGAAGGAUAGAGAUAAUAUUCUUCUUCAAAUAAAUACAAAACGGACAGAAGACAAGCCAUUACCACCUAUAAUUCUCCGAGUACCAUAUGAUUCUAUAUUAUUUAAAACAAAAAACUAUUCAAAAAUUUUACAAGAAUCAUAUAAUGAAACACUAGGAACAUUAGGGAUACAAAAGCCA